AUUUGUAUUUGAAUAUAUAACUAUAAAUAAUUGAAACAUUUAAAAAGUUAUUUUAAUUUAUUUUUCAUCGGUGGUUUUGUCACAAAACUGUAAUGGGACCAACUAUCCUUGGAAGAACUCCCUAACAUACCAACCAAGCUCAUGUUCUCCAGACAUGCUGCCAUCCUCAUCUCCAUUAACCUGCUGUUCACCGGGGGCCAUUUGAGUUAUCAAACAUGAUGAAGACAGAACCUGCGUCAGCCACGACGGACAAUGGCGCCUCCACUGGGAACAGCGGGGGAAGCGGGAGUGCCAACAUGCGGAGCGCUUCGCCGCACCGAAACGCCUACGAGGCAGGUCUGGCGGCACUGAAGAAAGCCACUGAUCACCUUAACGGAGGCUACGACCCCACCUCAAAGCCGGCCCCCCUACCCAGGCCGAAUGGGAGGGGUCGUAGAUAUGGAUCAAACGUUCACCGCAUCAAGAAUAUGUUCAUGCAGAUGCAGUCACCGGGUGAUGAGGAGGAUGGUGCCAAAGUGAUUGGAAACGAUCAGGCAGUCAAACUGUCCCUUCCGAGGGCGUCAAGCCUCAACGAGAACGUCGACCACAGUGCCCUGCUCAAGCUAGGAGGCACAGUUUCAGAGAGGGUAAAUCGUUUCGACACCAAAACUGAUGGAGAAGCUGCCAGCUCCUCUGGCUUGUCGAAGCUCCAGGAAACCAGGAGGAUGUUUGAACAACGGACGUUACAGGAAAAACAAGCUGCUACCAACAGGAUUUUACUCAAGAAGGAGCGAGCUUCUGGUUUCCAGGACAGCCGCCUGGAUGUAGUGGCACGCUUUAACGGCUCGACCGAGGCUUUGGAUCGCUUGGAUGACCCCCCUAUUCCUGCUCCCGCUCCUGCCGCUGCAGCCGCGUUUGGGCCUGCUGAGGCCGUCAGCCCCACUGUGAGCCAGCUCAGUGCUGUAUUUGAGAAGGCUGAUCUACAAAACAAUCUCUACCUCCCCAACCGUCGGUCAAGGCCUGCCCCAGCACCAAAGCCAAAACUUCCAUCCAAAGCAGGGCCUGCUCGGAGCCAGAUGAAAGGGCCUCCUCCAAGUAAAGAGGACUUAGAGGAGGUCACAGCAGGAACUGUCAACAACCAGGCGACAGAGGCCGACGUGACGGAUUCACGCCCACAGUGUGACAUCGGCGGAGCGGUGGUCAGCGAGGAGGAAAGAUCUAGACAUUCAGGGGAUCAGCACUCUGAUGCCACUUUACCUACCUAUUCGGAGGCCAAAACAGAGUCAGAAUCCCAGCUUGGAUUGACAGAAGACAGGGGCUCUAGUACCGUGGCGGUGGCUGCAUCCUUUCAGGAGCCACAAACUGUGGAACAGGAUUGUUGCCGAGGCGAUAUUGAGGCGGGAGCCAGGUUGGUUCAAGCUGAUGUCCACGCUUCACUUGAAAAUGGAGAAAAAGAGCCACCAGCUUUGGAAGUUACUGAAGCUGACACUGAGAGAAAGCGUGAUGAAGAGGAGAACGACGAGGAUGGCUCGAGGAGGGAGGAUUACUCCGAGGGGGAUCUGGUGGAUGUGAGUGCAUACAGCGGCCUUGGUGAGGACGACUCUGAAGGGAGUCAACUGGACGAUGAUGAUGAGGAGGAGGAUGAUGAGGAAGACGAGGAAGCGUACCAGCCUGAAAGCAGCUGCACCGAAAUUGAGGGUCUUCCCGAAGAGGAGGAGCCCGCACCUCCCAAUAGAAAGAUUCGAUUCAGCACUGAGCCCAUCAAGGUAUUCACCACCUACUGUAACGAAGACUAUGAUCGACGUAACGAUGAUGUGGACCCCAUGGCAGCCUCGGCUGAGUAUGAGCUGGAGAAGAGAGUUGAGAAGCUGGAUCUAUUUCCUGUUGAGCUGGAGAAAGACAAUGACGGUCUGGGAAUCAGUAUCAUAGGGAUGGGCGCAGGAGCUGAUAUGGGUCUGGAGAAACUGGGCAUCUUCGUUAAGACGGUCACUGAGGGCGGAGCUGCUCAGCGAGAUGGCAGGAUCCAAGUAAACGAUCUGAUUGUUGAGGUCGAUGGCACCAGCCUGGUCGGUGUGACUCAGAGCUUCGCUGCCUCUGUCCUACGCAACACAUCAGGCACUGUCAAGUUUGUGAUUGGUCGGGAGAAGCCGGGUGAGCAGAGCGAAGUGGCUCAGCUGAUCCAGCAAACUCUGGAACAAGAGAGAUGGCAACGAGAAAUGAUGGAGCAGCGAUACAAGCAAUACAUGGACGAUGAGGAGGAGACAGGUGAAUAUGCGACAGAUGAGGAUGAGGAGAUGAGUCCAAUGUUUCCAAACUCCAUUGAGGUUUUCGAUCUGGCCGAGCACCAGGACUCCUUGUCUCCUGUAGAAUUGGACCCUGAGAAGUUGACCCACAAAUUCAAGGAGCUUCAAAUCAAACAUGCAGUAACCCAAGCCGAAAUCCAGCUGCUGAAGAGGAAGUUGGCUCAUGCAGAGCAGGAUAAAGUGCGUUGGCGAAUGGAGCGUGCUCAGCUGGAACAAAGCAUCCGGGACAGUAAAGAGAGGAUGGAGAAACUGGAAGGUUACUGGAUGGAGGCUCAGUCGCUGUGUAAGGCAGUGGAUGAACACUUGAAGGAAACCCAGGCUCAAUACCAAACCUUAGAGAGGAAGUACAGCAAAGCCAAGAGAAUGAUCAAAGAAUAUCAGCAAAAGGAGGUUGAGUACUUGAAGAAGGAGGCGGCUCAGCGCCAAGCAGAGGAAGACAGCCAGGUCUCACGCAAAGAGGAGGCAGAACACCUGCAGGAAAAGAUUACUGACCUGGAGACCCAAGUGGACGCUCUGAAGCCCCCCAAGCCCUCCUAGACCGCUUGCAGCGCCGCUUCCCCUCCAUGACGCGAGGACGCGGUGCUCUGCUUUCACACCGACGGACCGUAGUUCAGGCGAUCACUGACAGCGGGCAGCCCGAAGCAGACAGAACUUGACAAAGUGCAACGUAGAAGACGACAAGCAGAAUGUCGUACAGAGAAGAGCGAGAAACCCCCACCCCCCCACCCCCUGUGCAGGAAUCCCAGAAUGCACUUUGUGUGAAACCCACAAUCUUCCUUGUGUAUCCUCCCGGCGACUGUCUUGGCAAUCAACGAGGAAAAAACUGGAUUCAGCUUCCCUGUACUUGAUUUAACGAUGAUUUGUUUUGUUCUCCCUGUGGUAAAAAGUGUCCUACGGGGAGGAUGGAAAGAAGCAGGCUUGUCACUAAGUGCUUUCCAGAGUGACAGAGGAUGUGUCGCGGAGGAUUGUCGCCGUGCUACUUGUCGACUGCACAAGUUGUUGCUAAACUGCCUGCACUGGAACUAGACUGAAUAUGCACGGAGAACGAAAGCGAUGACGAGAAGUGCCCAGUUUGUCCCAAAUUCUGCCCUGUUAGCGACAUUGAAAAAAAAGAUAAAGACAAGCCCACCACCCUUCGUACAAAACUGAAUUUUCAGUCUAUUUCUCCAUAAACAAAGGAAAGAAUCUGCUCAUCUGCAUUUCGGCUAUGGCAGUCCUGUUUUUGUAAAUAUCGUCAAAGUGUUAACUUAAGCAAUGAUUUGUGGAGGGUACUAAAAUAAAAACCACACACACCCCUGGUGAGGUUUCUUGUGACGGAGGGUAAAUAAUCGCCUGAGUAAUGUAAUGGUUUCAAGUUUUUGGGCACCAUCUGAUACCAAUCAUUGAUACUAAAAAAAAGACAUUGAAUAAGUCCUCCUCACCAUUAGUUGGCGCUACACUGGAGUGGGUUGACAAUCGGCCAAUCAUUGUGUGCACCAGAAAAAAGAAUUACGUGUCAUUAAUUGUCCAUCAAAAUUACUAAAGGUAUUGGUACUCUAUCUCGGUGAAUACUCAAGAGCAAAUACUUGCACUGGUAAUGGUAUGAAAAAACAAACAAACAAACGAAAAACAUCCCCAGUUAGAUGAAGUGAAGAUUCUGAACACCAGUCCAGGGUGGACCCAAAGAAGAUCACCUUUGAACCGAAUGAUGACAAGCGCUAGAGAAAAAGUAUGAUGCAGUCUUAAUUUGAGGUCUGGAGUCCAUCCUUAAAUGUUUUACACUGUGCGGUGUUUGGGGUCCAAAAGUGUUCUCAGAUUUCCGAUGGACAACCGGCUUUUGCAAUCCUGAAUUCUGUCCCUAACGACCCCUCAAAUAUUUGGUACUCCCCACCACAUUCGUCAUAAUAUCCAUUUUACCACCUGUGACUUAAUCUGCCGUGGAUGACACAUUAAUUGGAGUCUUUCCUAAUUGGCUCCCCCCAACCUGGAAAAAGCAAUUAUUUAUUGUGACCUCACAAAAACCUGCAAUUCAUCAGGGGUGUGUCAACUUUGCAUGUAUCCACUGUAGGUCACGUUAGUUAUGAGGAAGGCAAGUGCAAAAACCUGACACCUUGCUGUAUUCAAUGAUCCAGUCAAGUUUUUCUUUUUUUUUUUUGGGCUCACUAUUCAACAGGCAAACAGGGUCUCAAUAUGUGCUUAUAGAGAUUCUGUUUAUGUAUUAAUGUUUUACAUUUUGUUUACAUAGACAUAUGUAGACCCCCUUGACUCGGAAUCACAAAGAUAGAAGGUCAGAGGUCGAGUACAAAGUCAUGGGGAGGGGCUAAUUCAUUUCAUUUUGGUAAGACUACUUCGGUAAAAUCGCCGUUAUUAUAUUCUGUAUAAAAUGAGAUUUUAAAAAAACAUAAAAAGGUCAAACUGAUUCGGUAAUCUUUAGGUAGCGCUCACGUUUUCAUAAAAUAUUCAAUAUUCAUUCAUUCAUUAAUUAUGGACAACAGAGAGGAAAAUGCCACCCAGUAGCUCAAUUUAGAUAUUCUCUUAAUAUUCGAUAAAAUUCAGUCAGUUGACAGUAUUUAAAUAUUUUACUCGACAAAACCUUUUUUUUUGCUGACUUCAAAUCAUUUCCAAUAAAAGUCAAGCAAAAAAAUUAUCAUAUUUAUUGGGCACGGUGUAAUGUGUCUUUUAAAUAAGAAACAUUUGAGUAAUGUGCCAAAUAAUGUGUAUUUGCAUUUUUAAAAAAAUGUAUGGGCAUUAAUGGGAAUAUGGAAAUUAAUGUCAACUGGAGAGUUGCACUAUUUGCAGAUUAUUAAAAAUGUUCAUUACAUGCAAUAUGUUUUUUUUACAUAACAGUUUUGUGUUUUGGUUAGCCAGUGACGUAACUUCAAACAAAUAUAUAAAGAUUAAGUUAUAAAAAUUAAUUUAGUAGAUUAAGGUCAAUGUAAGUGUCAAGUGUUAGAUACAGUAUUUCUAAAAUUCCCCAGAUACAUUUUUUUUCAUUGUAUUUUAUUGAACAGCUAUAAAAACAAAUCAACAUAAGAUUGGUUAUAAUAUAAAAGGAAAAAGAAAAAAAAUAUUUCUGUAAAUGUCCAAUGGGAGUAAAUAAAACUCGUUGGGUCCUACCUCUAAUUCUGAACUUUGGAAGUUCUUGUAAAUUAAUUGAAAUCACUCCUUUUACAAUGGACUUCUUUUGUCAUGUUUAAACAAAUGUUAGUUCUUGUUUUUUUUUUUUCAAUAAAAGGUAGAUUAUUUCAAUGCUGUGAAUUAGCCACUGAAUAGCGUAAACAGUGUUCAACUACAUUACAGUAGAAAGUAUGGGAAUGAGCUUUAGUUUAAACAGAAGUGUAGUGACAGUAUUACAGUAGUUUUAAAAAAAUCAUUAUCCAGACUAAAAAACAGAAUUUUUAAACAAACAAACACAUGUGUUAAUAAAUAGUUGACCAUUCUUAAAUGCUCUUUUUUUUUUCAAGAGAGAAUUUAAUCGUUGUUGGAGUUGACGGUAACAAUGUCAUGAAUCCAUCAUCAGGUGGCGCUGGAGCCUAACCGCGCCAAUUUUGGGACAGAGACAAACAAUUGCGUUCUUAAAUAUGAGUUUGUUUGGGUUUUUUUUAACAUUUUAGUACAAGUCGUCACACACUCCGGGUUUGAUUCACGGCAUGUUUGGCUUCAGUCGUGUGAUUUUGUUGCGGGAGCCCAUUCGGCGCGGUGACUUCCGAUUUGUUUUGAUCGCUCAGACUCCUCCAAACACGUUUUGAACGGUUGCAAGUUGAAGCCCCUGGGUGAAGUUUUCGUAGCACUUGGGAUUCUUGUUUCUGGAAUUUGGAUUAUUUUGUGCUACAACAACAGCAUUUUUUUAAGCCUCCAAUGUCGUGUUGUAGCGAAUUUUUCUUCCCCAGACAGCAGAUGGCCUCCUCGCGCAUCUUUUUUUUUUUUUUUUUGGUCAUUAUGUAUUUGUAAACCGUGUUUAAUUGAAGCGCACCUGGAACCUCUUGAUCAUACUGUGCACAGACAAAAAGAUUUCCUGUAUGGAUGCUGAGAUCUUGCACUGGCAACAUCGUUUAUCUGCUAACUGUAUCUGUUUUGGUGAAUUUGUACUGGGGGGAGGGGGGGGAGAGAAAAAAAAUUCUAUUGCUGCACUUGUGCUCCUUGACAUGAUUUUAGGUUCUCACUCUCUUUAGCCAGGUUUACAAUUAAUUUGCCUUGUUAGCUCCUUUUGCCUUUAAUGUCUUUGCAUAGCUUUAAUGUAUGGAAAACUAUUUGAGCAUUUUAUUCAAAAUCCUUGAUCUCUAGUACGCUCUGUCCUCAUUACUAAGACAAUUCACCGCGCUAAUAGAAUGACUCUCUUACUAAUGUUUUUCCACUACUACAUGACAUUUCUGCACACUAGUAAGAAAUCCUGGGCACAUUAGAACAACUAAAAAUUACUAGUGAGGCAAAACUGUGCAGUACUAACAAUACUAGUGAAGGACCAGUGAUUAACUAAGAGAAUUUUAUAAUUUCACCAAUAGUACUACUACUAGUAUAGUACCUUCAUUAGUAGGAUCAGGGCUGGAGCUAAAAGGGGGCACUUUUUUUUGUCCUGGACAGUAGGCCAGGUGCUUUGGGCACCACUUAAGAGGCUGUGUGAACAUGCCUGAUCUCAAGGAUGUUAACUAGAUGCUCCAACAGGUUUUCAAAAACUAUUUAAGCUUUUAUUUGAUGUCCUUGAAAGCCUGUUUAAGGUCCACAUUGUACAUUCAGUGCACUAGUGGAACAACUACAAAGCAUCUCUGUCAACUAGCCAAGUUCCCGGUCAUUGUACAACAACUUGGGCAUUUUACCGCACUAGGAGAACUAAAAUAUUGGGUAAAACCAAUAGCGGGCAUUUUCAUGCUAGUUAUAAGGUCCAGGAGGCUACUAGUGGAUGACAUACUAGUUGGAUCUGUAGUCAUAGUAAUGCAGCAUGGUGGUUUACUAGUAAAGUUUGUGUAGUAUGAGGCCAAAGGUGACAGUAGUAGUGGAAAAAAAUACUUUACUAGUCAUUUUAUAUAGUACCCUAUUGUCAUUCCACUAGUACGUUGAACUGUCUGACUAGUGUGGAUGAAUAAACUGCAUAUGAAGAAUAGUAAAUAAAUGCUCAAAUGGGUUCCAUACCAAACUUUCACAAGCAUCCCAAGUCUACCCAGUGUUCAUGAAAAGCAAAACAAGGUGUGUUUACAGUUCAAACAAAGGCUUCAAUUCCUUUUGAUUGUAGUCAGACCGAUGCCUUCCUCCAUUAACACCCAAAACAUGAAUGCAUCCAAUGUUUACCCACUUCAUAAAGUGGACCACAGUACAGUAUUUGAUUCACCGAAUGGGUAUGCAGGAGCAGGCAGAAUGUGUGAAGUGCCUUGCUUAAGGGUUAAGGAUGUACCGGACCUGGAACACCGUGGUCCAAAAGGUAUUUGGUUCAUAUUGUGUCUCAAUACUCAGGGUGGAAAUUAAACUGGAAAACUUGUCCUGGCAUCACUAUCGAGACUACUGACAUCUGCAGUUACACGGCUCCAAUAGAGCAGACUGAGGCAUUUGAGUGAAAGACAGGAAUUGUCAUUUACUUCUACUACAUUUACUAUCCCCAAAUGUUCUUUUUUUCAUCAUAAUCAUUCCUGUGCUUGGUUUGGAAUUAAGUCAUGGAUUUACGAGAUGUGCCAUGUAGUUUGCCGAACCAAUGGUAGUUCCAAGCUGGUGCCAAACAGUGGGAGUUGGGACAAUCUUGACCUCUCUGCCUGGGUCUGUUCUUCAGUGGAUGUCAACAAUGUUUGUCUGAAGCAACAACUGUUUUUCCGCAUUUCAAUAAACAUGUUGAACCACAACAACGUAAAUGUAGUGAACCCUCUGUUCUGUCCUCUUUAUAAAUGCGCGUGAACAAACAAAUGUUUAUAUUGUCUGUUUGUGAAUGAGCGGACUCCGUAUUUACAUUAUGGAUGGAGUUGGAGUAUAUAUUUAAUCUACGUGGAUUGACCCUUGCUUUUGGGAA